AGGAGUUUCUGUGUAAAGACAUAUUUUUUUCAAUACUUCCUAACCAUUUAUGAAUAGCCUAUUGAUUUAGAUAUCACUCUACCUGAAACCGAUAUACCUGUUUACAUAUAAAUGCUAAAUUUAGAACAACUUAACAUAAAAUGUUUACCUAUUGCAUUAAAAUACUUGUGCGACAAAGCAUUACACACGGGAUGAUGUUUAACCAUUUAUAUGGCUAGUAAUUGAAAAAGCAUAUUGAAUGGAGGUUACUGGAAGGAAGAGUAUUUCACAAACAAAUAUAAUGUUCUGUAAACCUUGUGAAGAUGACAAUAAACAUGUACCAGCGAACGGUUUAUGUCGCGAAUGUGAGGAACAUAUGUGUAUAGCGUGUUUCGGAAACCACAAAAAGUACAAAAUAUGUAAAGACCACAGUAUGGUUGAUAUUGAUACAAAUAUUCCGGAUUUAAAUGAUACAAAAGAAGAUAAUUUCGAAAAUUGUCUGGAGCACAAAAAUGAAAAUAUAAAGUUUUAUUGUUCAUCUCACGAAAAGGUAGGAUGUGGUGACUGUAUUAUAUUAGAACACAAAACUUGUAAUGUUGACUAUGUACGUGAUAUAUCAAAAGCGUUUAAAGACAGCAAGGUAUAUAACGACAUUGUCAAGCAUGUAGAUUCGUGCCAGAAAGCAGUACAGAAAUGCUCUACAUCAAUCAGUAAUAAUAAACUACAAAUUGAAGAUGUACAUCAGGGAUUUCUAGCCGACAUUAAAUCAUUUCGAGAUGAAAUAAGUUCCCGUUUAGACACACUGGAAGAACGAUUAGUUGAAAAAGCAAACGAUGCUAAAACAACCGAUAAACUUCGUAUUGAAUCUCUUGAAGCACCAUGCGUAGAUUUGGAACAAGAGCUGUCACAAAUAAGUGAUGAUAUUGUGUCUAAAACUGACGAACCAAACAAAUUAUUUGUCACUGCAAUGCAGUGUAAACAUGUGCUAAAUGAAAUCGAGCAAAAGCUCUGUAGUAUCAUGUCAAAUAACAGAAUUAGCAGUUAUAGUUUCAAACGAAAUAAUAAAAUUGAAGAGAUAUUAGAUCAAGUGGAACUUGGAUCUGUAUAUACAAUUCACGGAGAAAACGCAGUACCGGAUUCACAAAGCUAUGAAGAACCUAUAUCGGUACAGGCAAAACCUGAAACCAGUCGGACAUUAUACGAAGAAAACGCCUCAAGGCCGGCUUCACAAUGCUAUGAUAAACCUACUUCUGUACAAGUAAAACCGGGGAGCAGUCAGACAAUAUGCCGACAAAACACAUCAAGACCGGAUUCUCAAAGCUAUGAAACACCUAUUUCUGUACAAGCAAAACAAGGUACCAGCCAGAAAAUAUACGAAGACACUAAAUCAGUUUCAGAUUCACAAGAUUACGAAGAACUGAUUUAUGAAGAGAUUCCAGAAUCAAAUAUUUCACGUAAGAGAGGCUCGUCUAGGCAUAAGAACUGGUCCUUAUUUGAAAAUCAACUCAGAUGUGAAAACCUUCUAAUGGCUGGGGAGUACCUCAGUUUCAAAGACAACGGAAAAGGUGACAUCGGUUUGUUUAUCGGAAAAAGAGCUAUAAAAGCAGGCACAUAUUUUGAAGUUGAAUUAAUAAGUAGCGACGACAAAGGCAAUAUUGCUAUAGGCUUCGUACCAAAGGACUUUUCAUUAAAAGAACAGCCAGGGGUUGGGAGAUUCUCGGUUGGAUAUCAUGCUAAAGACGGUUGCAAACAUGACCAGAGUACAUCCGGCGAACGUAUAAGUCCACCAUGUAAAGUUGGUGACGUCAUCGGUAUAGGUGUAGCAUCGUACUUAACCAACGUUUUCAAGACAAAAAUCGAUAUUUUCUUCACCAGGAAUCAUCAAAAGAUAGGCGCAUUAGAGAUAAAUAACCCGUCAUUUUGCAAAGUGUACCCUGCUGUGGGCUUGCAGUCUUCCGGUGAUAAGGCAAGAGUUGUUCUGGACGCCCAAGUACCAUGAGAAAUGUCAUGUGAUAUCAGUCGCUGAAAAAAUAACCGAUGUCACGAAACUAGCAUACAGUCAACUUCGUAGACAUUUAUGUGCCAUAAAGUAUAAAGACAAUAAUUUUUAACUAGAAACAUCUCUUCAUAGUGUAAACAGACGCUUGAUAUUGUCAGAAACAUUAACUACAGCAUUCGCACUGAUAACUAUAAAUGAUAUAAUUACUUUAUAUCGCAUUUUGGCUUGUCUCGUAACUAAAAUUCUUACCUACUGUUGUCUUGUUACCAAUAAAACAGCAAAAACAGAGGCAAUCAAAACCAAGGACGCCUCGGGACGCUACAUGUAUUUUCAGGCAGAUUCGAUUUGCUCUUUCGAUUAACCCGUAAUUUAUAAGCCAGCUUGAAAGUAAAUUGUGUUUAUGUCCAUAAGAAAUAAAAUUGGACAUAAUUAUGUACAUAAAUAUGGUGUAAGAUGUUUGUUGUCUAAAUACUAAUUGUGUCUGAAAGGGUUUUCAAGCCUUAAUUUUACAGAAUUGUUCUUGUCUUGUUUUUUUUCCCAAACUUCUCAAGAUAUUGGUCAUGCUAAUGUUCAUAUUGCAUUUGGUAAGUUUAUAUAUCUUUAAUCGAAAGUGGUAAUGGCCUUAGUGUUUUCAGGCACACUUCACAUCUGGCGGCCAAUAUUCUUUUGCAAUUGGACGUUAUUUGUCUUUGGUUGUGAUAAAUCAUUUAAUAAUUGAGACUUAAACUUUUCUCCUGGUCUGGUUCUGCUGGUCUGGAUUUUGAUAGAUCAACUUUUGUCCAGUUUUAAUCUAAUCAAAUUUGUUCAUUUUGUAUUUUUGCUUUAUUCAGAUCAUGUCGAUAAAAAUUUAAAACCGCCAGCCUGUAUGUAUUACCUUCACCAUUAUUAGAAAGAUGUCAUGUUAUAUUUGUCUUUUGUCUCAUGAAUUUUUGUCUAUACUUAUAUGUGUAUGUUUUAUUACAAAUACUAUUCUAUGUUGUAUGUGUUGCCAUUUUUUUUAAUAUUGAUAAUGAUUACUAUCAUUUCAUCAAAAUACCCGGUGCAUUUUUACUAAGUGCUUAAGUAGCAGACAGCAGUAACGAUUGAUAUCUAUUCAUUUGCUAUUUUUAUUAUCUAUUAUCUAUUUAUUAUCUAUUACUACUUUUAUAGUUAGUAUAGUAUUAAAAACAUGUAUUGUGAUCG